AAGAUUUUUUCAAAUUACGAAGUACUCUUGUAAAGCUAUCGUUUGCAAAUCUCAGCAUCACCUAUUGUCGAUAUGCCUGCUCCUUCAAAGGAGCAAUUCGAUGCCCUUGCCUCAAAAAUCAUGGACAAUGUCCGCCCGAACCCUGUCACCGGCAAGGUCGAGUUCGAUGACAUUGGCAGAUACCUCUUGGAAAACAUGGGGAGCUGUGAAUACGAUCAGCUAAUGAAUCUCACCGACCAACUUUCAAAAGACCAUAAUUCGAAAGAUUUCACAAAUUUCGAUUUCAAUUCGCUUAAGAGUACAAUCAAGAAAGAUACUCUGUAUUUUGUUGGUUUGAUCUAUCAAGGACACUUUGACAGCUCAGGGAAAGAGGUUCCUACUGAGAAAGUAGCAUAUGUGGCGGAUGCCCAUGCCGUCUAUGGCCUUACUUGCCUCGAGGGAGAGAAGAUACGAGGGUAUGAGAACUGCGUAAAUGGUCUCCCGAAGUCGGAUUUCGUCCUCAAAUUCCUUCGUUCAACCUUUGCAAACCCACUGCCACCCUUCAAACCAGCAUUACCAUCUGAACUCCUCCUAGAUAACAAGCUACACGUUCACAUUGACGCUCUUCGACCUUUCCUCGACUCUCUUCCAAAACCACUCCAUUGGUCUGUCGAAUCGCGCGAAGCGGCGAGUCAAGUGAAAGACAUUGCAUUCGAAGAAAAACAGGAGCUGAUAUCGAGGUGUAUGGCAAUGGCAAACCACUUCAAGGAAAAAGGAAAUCAAUCAUUCAAAGCAGGUAAACGAAAGGAGGCAUUGGAUCUCUAUCAGCAUGCUAUCGAUUCGUUGUUCAAGAUAUUUGGAGCAGGAGACCCGGACGAGGAGCAAGUUGAAAAGGCAUCUAGAUGGAUCGCAGUUUGCAGAGCGAAUAGAGCAGCGACCUGGCUGUUAAAUGGCGAAGGGAAGGAUGCAGAGAAGGCGUUGGAGGAAGCGAAGAUGGCCGAGAACCUCUACCCUGGAUACGCCAAGGGGUAUUUCCGUCAAGCAUGCGCCUUUCAAGCCUUGGGAAAACUUGCUGAGGCCCAAGAUGCGGUUGUUCGCGGUCUGAAGAGAUCUGAGCUAGAACGUGACACUAGUCUUGCGGAUGUUUUGAUCGAGCUACAGACUGAUGGGAAGGGAUUGCCCGAAGACCUUGGAUCCUUCAACGAAUGGUUCUCUCGUAUAACCGAAACCGAUGUCGAAAGUGCGAAGAGACUGAAGGGUCUGAAAGGUGCCUGGCUCGAUAAGUGCGAUCAGCACAGACGAAAGAUGGAAAGUCAAGCAACGCCUCAAUCGUGAUUCGUUUGGUGGUCUUGGAACGUGCAUACCAGCAGAGCGGACUAGGAGAGGAAGACUACAACCUUGGGUGGGAACUCUUCAGGUACCUUGACACAGUACUACGCUAGAAUGACGACCGUAUUCCAGAAAUCUAAUCUGCAAACAAAAAGCCAAAGGUUGCACAAGGUCCCGGAUGGUUCGAUUCCAAUGUUUCUAUACUAGUCCUUCCCAUUAUAAAAGACACAUUAUUUUUGUGUCGGGCCCGGGGAAAGUCAUUUGUACUUUGUACUUCGGGAUUGACGUGUGCAUUGUACAAUAUGUACGGGAUUGAUACCGCCC